CAAGUCAUGUCAUUAGCUAGGACAAUCAAGAAUAUACGUCAAGUAGGACUCAAACAAUGGUUUAGAGAUAUGACAUAUAUCGGGGACGCCAAAGCCGGAAGAUUAGUAGGACAAGAUGCUAUGGGGAAUAAAUAUUAUGAGAAUCUGAAUCCACACGAUGAAGUUCCAGGAAGAGGAAGAUGGAUCGAAUAUUCUCAAGAUGACUUUAACGCUUCUCAAGCUACACCAGAAUGGCAUUCUUGGUUACAUGGAAUACGUCAUUUACCUCCUACUGAAGAUCCUAUAGUCCAACAAAGUCGACCUCCUUGGCUUGCAUCAUACAAAGAGAACUUGACUGGUACUCGGGCAGCAUACAAACCUUAUUCUACUACUCCUCCAAAGCUUCAAGCCUGGGACCCCGUUGCCCGACCUAGGGGACAAGAGGCCAAACCAUAGAAUGCUGCAUGUUCUCAUGCAUUCAUUCCAUAACGGCAACGUGUCUUAUUUGACAGUAGUAGAGUCCUCCUCACACUUCUGCAAUCGUUCAAGUUGAAGACUUGUCACGGGAUUACGGGCCUGGAGUCUAACACGACUUCUAUAUGCAUGUUUUGGUCAUCUCUAUC